AGUGAAAUCAAGCCGCGCACUCGGACAAAAUAUAGUCCCCGCGUUUCAACUUAAAAUUACCGACGGAACCCGCCGGUCGCCGCCCGCCGGGACCCGUCGACGUUGGGCCGAGCUCCGGGGAGGAUCCAGCCGGGCGCGGAGCUGCUCUCGCCGGGUUUGGAGCACUUUUGAGCGCGGGGCGGAAAGUGUGUGAUGAGUCCUGGGCUGCGAACAGAGAACUUGCCGCUGCGCUGAGGAGUUGGUCUUUCUCUUGUUAUUGUGGCGGAAAACUGUUUUCAAUCCGCGGGAACUCGGCGGCGGCGAAAGUGCGAGAAAAGUGUCUUUGUGGCGGGGACAUGGAAGUACAGGGCCCGCGCGAGGCGCUGAAAGUGGAGCUCCAAUGUCAUCAGAACCAGACGUUGUGUAAAGGCCUGAAUGAGCUUCAGAACGGACAGAAGCUGGCGGUCAGAACUUGUCCUGUAGGGACGACCAAGCCGCUGUCCCUCAUCAAGCCGCCCAGCCAGAGCAUCGCCAUCUCUGUGGUGCCGGCCAAGGCUCCCGUUUCCAUGGUGACCGCACACAUCAACGGACAGAAGGUGGCGAGUUCGGAGCCGCUGCAGACGUCCCCCAUCAACCUCCAGACCGCCGGCAGGGUGGCGGCCACCGGAGUCCACACGUUCAGCAGCAGGAGAGCUGGGGAGCUGCCUCCGUCUCAGAUGCUGGGAACUCUCACUGCUGUGCCCAUCAAGGUGCCUCAAGUCAGCUCCCUGCACCGGCUGGCAGGACAAGCAGCCACUGUGCUACCUCAGGUCAGGCCAAAGACCCAGAUCCCGGACAGCCUUCCCCACAGCCCCUGUCAGGAGCUGCAGCCGCUCAGCCUGCAGAGGGCCACCGCCGUGGUCAGUCCCAAGAGCCAGGGCCCCACCCUGCCCACCGCCAACAGCACCUUCAGUCCCGACCACCAGCCCAACGGCCAGAGCGACGCCUCGCCGCCCCCGGCCCCUCCCCAUGGCCCGUCGGGGGGCCCAGACUCCAGCAGUCCGGCCCAGCACGCCUCAGCCGGACCCGGCGUGGCGUACGCCAUCAUUGCCGCUUCUCCCGCCACAGGAAACGGAGUGUCCGCUGUCAGCGAGGCCGUCAAGGUGAUAAUAAUCCAGCCGCAGGCCCCCAGCAGCACUGAGGGGCCCCCGGGGGCCCAGGCUGACCUGCCGCCACAGGAGGCUCCGCCCACUCCCAAGUCCCCGUCGCAGAAGAAGGACGAGGACCCCGAGAAAAUCUCCUUCAUGGUCGCGCUCGGCCUCGUCACCACAGAACAUCUGGAGGAGAUUCAGACGAAGCGACAGGAGAGGAAGAGGCGAAGCACGGCCAACCCGGCGUACAGCGGCAUGUUCGAGCCCGAGCGUAAACGACUGGCGUCACAUUACCUGAACAGCGCCCUCUUCCUGUCAGCACGAGACUCUGAGGAUUUCUGCUGGAAGGAGGACGUGGAGCAUGACGACCACUGUGCCAUCUGUAAGGAGGACGGAGAACUGCAGCUCUGCCACAACUGCCCCCGAGCCUUCCACCCCCACUGCCUCCAGCCGCCCCUCAGAACCCCCCCCAGGGGCCCCUGGUACUGCCCCAAGUGUCAGAAGAAGGUUUUGAACAAAGAAAACAUGUCGUGGCCUCAGAACUUUGUUCAGUCCUACGUUACACACAAGACGGUGAGGCAGGAGGAGAAGCGACGACUCCUGAGAAGAAACAACGAGCUGAAGAAAGAAUGUGCUCAUCUGGAGGAACAAGACGAACAACUCAACCAGACGCUGAAGCAAUGUCAGGACGUGAGGGAGCGACUCCUCGAUCAGCAGAGAGACACUCACGCGUCGCUCGACCGCCUCAAGGCUCUCAUCAGGCUGAUCCAGCGCGACCAGCUCAUCCAGGUCACCAUGACGACCACGGCCACCAUCGCCGCCUCCUUGCUCUCCCAGUCCUGGAUCAAACCCACCAGCACCAGCACCGCCACCCCGGGGCCGUCGGACACGCCCCUGCAGAAGAACCACGCCCACAGCCAGGACAAUGUCAACAACUAGCCCCGCCCCCUGCGGUCGUCGAGGACGGUGAUUUCUUUCAAAGUUUCCAACCAUCUUUUCUCCGAGAGCCGAAACAAACUGAGCCUCGACCCUCCACUCGAUUCAAGUAUUUUUUUAAAUCCAACACCUACAGUGCUUACGAGAUUUCUUUCUUUUUUUAAGUUCUUUUCUAUUUAUUCAUGUUCUUGGCCUUAAUGUAUUUAUUACAAAACGUUAGACGACUGAGCCGUCGCAGGAAACCAGGAGUUUUUCUGCGCGCUCCGAAAGAUAUUUCCCUUUUUUAACACAGGUAUAAUAACUGUUCUGCGCUUAGCGAGAGAGAACGGUCGAGUUCGUCGUAGAGGAAGCAAGCGAGCGUGGAUGCAAGUGAACGACUGUACAUUGAUAUAUCUGAGUAGAUGUUUGUUCUCAUUCUCCUAUGAACAAUGUUUUUUGCCAUAAUAAUUCAGGAAGAUGUUUCAUGGUGUAUGUAAACGAGCCUUCAAACAAAAACAGAGAAUAACUUUUUUUCAGUAUUAAUAGAGUUAAAGUCAAAGAAAAAAGUAUUUAAGAUAAAACUACAGAAAUUAGCAUUUCUAGUGGAGAUUUUAGUAUUUUCAUGCUGAUGCCUGUUGAUAAAUGUAAGUUUGGAGUAUUCAAAGGGAUCACUGUACAUAUGUUGUAUUAUUAUUAUGAUUAUUAUGAUUAUUAAUAUCAUCAUCGCAGGUUUUCUUGGUUGUCAAACAUCUGAAACUGAAGCGAGUCGCUGUUUGUAAAACUGACGAAACAAGAACAUGAGUUUGAUUAAGAUUUAAAUUCAUUAGUUUUUCAUUUAUUUGGUCGACGUUUAUUCUUUGAAGGAGACAUAUUCAGGUGGAUCAUUUUAAUAAGUGUAAAAUGUUCUAAUGUUUAAAAGCCAGCAGCAGGAGAACAGAGUGAAAGUUUAAAUUCACUAAAACACACGAGGAGAGAAACAGUGAAAAACAUCUUAUGUCUCCUUUAAAUCUAAAACGUGAUUUCAUACGUUUUUCCUCUUUUUCUUCUGAAAGGUGAAAACGUUUCCGUGUUAAAUUUAGAUUUGAUGCUUUUCAGUAAUUUCCUUGUUUCUGCUUCUAAAAAGAAGAAUCAGCUCAUUUUCUUGUUUGAGGAAACAAACAGUUCAAACCUCCAGUUUGGUUUGUUCCCAGCUGCACUCGAACACAACACGUCGACGCCUGAGUUCAGUCCACGUGCGAUGCAUCCGCUCAUCCCCCUUUAACCAGUAUAGAAAAUAUGCCAAAAACUCUUUGUUUUUGUACUGGGAUCGUUCAUCACAAUGUCCAUUGUGCUUUUUCCCUCCUCCCUGCCUGUUUUAUAUUUUUGGCGUUGAAUCUUUUUUUACUGGUGUUUCGGAGCGUUUCCACGGUGACGAGCCUGUGAACCGACAGAUGAACACUGCCUCAAGUACAAAUCCUCUCAAUCCAGGGUUUUCGUCUUUGUUUGCGUCAUUUUGUAGAAACCAGUCACUCACACAUGGGACAACUCUGUCAAACUGCAACAACACUUUGACUGUCGGUGGACGAGCAGGACGCAGAGGACGGCGUCCCGGUUACAAGACGAACAGAACCAGGGCGCCGCCGUCACGUCUCGCUCGCUCCACCGAUCUCACUAGUCUUCCUGCUGGUCCAGAGAGGUUCCGUCUAAAUGUUGAAAACGUAGAUUUAGUCCAUUUUUUAUUUGCUGUGGUCGCCACAGUGGAGGUGCAGCUCUCUGACACCUGCUGAUGCACAAACAUGAACAAAUGGUGGAAAUAAUUCAGAGGAAAAUGCCUUUAUCAAGAAAAGAGAAAAGACUUGUGAUGUUAGAGAUGAUUUUAUUUGAAUUGCAUCAUAUCCUGAUCGUGUGUUUGUUCUGUGACGUAUCGAAGAUGCUGAACUGAUCCGUGUCGUUGGAGAAACUUUGUCUGCAUAGAAAUUAAAUCCUGGUUCAACAAGUCCGACUCAAAGUUAAACUAAUAACUAUAUCAUGAUAAUAUUCCUGAAGAAAUCCACGUUAAACAUGAACCAGAUCGUCCAACACGUCGUGUAGAGGACGAUCGGUGAAGCGACUUCACGAAUCUGAGACUCCGACGAUUCUUCUGCUUGUUUUAAUCAAACUGAGGCUUCGAGUCCAAAAUGUCUCCAAACUAUAUCAAAAGUAAAACCAAGCUUUUUAAAACUUUGUCUGACAGAAACAGAUUCAUUCAAACUUUAACUGUCUAAAUUUAAACCGAUUCUACACGUAAACAAACUCUGAACCUGAAAUCUGUUUUACUAAACUCCUCUAAUUUAAAGGUUCACUGACCUCGAACUCUCGACUACGACAAAUAAAAUAGAAACGUUUAAAGUCCGAAUACGGAUCCUGGUGUUUGAACAAAGUCUGAGUCAAGGUUUUAAAGUAGUUUGUUAAUUAUCAAGACGAAUAUAAAGACGUCAGACAUUUUGUUUUGUUCGGAUCAGAAGCUCAAAACAAAGUUAUAAUAAAGAAACAUAUAAAAACUGUGGGAAACUUUCGGUUGAAGAAACAAAAGUUAUUUAUCAGCUGCUUGUUUCUUCUCCAGCUCGGUUUGUGGUUCACUUGCCUUUUAGACGAAUGGAGUCCUGAUCAGUGAGCAGCUGCUUCCUGUCGCUGCGACGCCACGUGAUGCAGUUUGAGUUUCACCUGAGCUGCGAACGCUCCAGGUGACGUUAAAAAAACCAUAUCAGCGCUCUGUCACAUCGACCCCGCCCCCUUCAGACCCCGCCCCCUGGAAAUUAACCGUUAAAAAAGGCCCCUCCCAUCACCCGCCCCCGACCUCGUCAUCCAUUUCUAGAAAUCUUCUCCGGGAGAAACUGUGCAGUGCUUAAACAGAUCUAUUUUAAUACACAACUCAACAUUUGAACAAAUAAGAAAAAAGACGUAGAACAUUUUUAUAUUCUUUUAUCAAGGAGCAAAAAAAAGAACAGAACAUUUCUAUCGUUUGCUGGUUCUGCAUUCUGACUCUUUGUAUGAUUUACGCCACAAGGAGGCGCCGACACGACGAGGGCGUUUAGAUGGAAAUGAAAAUGUCUGUUGAAGUAGAAGUUUCUUUGUCAAGGGGACUGUCCAGUGGAUAGUGUGUAUAGGAAAGUGUUUGUCUUAAAUAUGCCAAUGUAGUUUUUUCUUCUUUAUGAUGCAUUAAAAACUUGAUGGAUGGACGUUGGUAAAUGGUUAAAGAGUAGUCUCACUUUUUUGUACCAAGUUCUUACAAAAAAUUGAAUCAUUAAUAAACAAAUUCAAGAACAAAA